CCAGGGUGCCCCAGAAUAAGCUAGGAAUGCUGCUGGCCACGGUUCCAGGGGGCUCUGGGCAGCAUCGGAGCCUGGGUCCAGACAGGGAUCCUGAUAUUACCUGACAGAGAGUCGGGAGGGAGAUAGUGCUGUGGAUAUCAAGGGUGCUGGAAGCGGCUGACUGUCAGGAAUGGGGACCAGGGGGUGUCUCUGUUGAUCUCUGUCAAACCCAGAUAUUGGAACUUGGUGGCAUUAAAGCAACUUUUACACUUGUGACUGGACUUUGUUUGAUACAGAUAUGGGCGUGAGGCCCUGGAUGAUGAGACCUUUAUGUAGCCCAGCCCUUCACCAGUGGAUCAGCAGCAGGCUCCUUGUCAGCAGCACAAUGUGGUAUCCCAAGCACCAUUGUGUGAGGCUGAGGUGAACUCAGGAGAAAGAGACCACCCCAGCAACAGCCAGGAUGACCAAAGCACGGCUGUUCCGCCUCUCGGUGGUGCUGGGUUCCGUCUUCAUGAUCCUGCUGAUCAUCGUGUACUGGGACAAUGUGGGGACAGCUCAUUUCUACCUGCACACAUCCUUCUCCAGGCCUCAUGCCCUGGGCAGUCCACCCACCGCUGCUCAGGAUGAAGACCGUGAAGACUUGUUGGACAUGGAUGAGUUUUUAGAGAAGCUACUGAGUUCUGGCCUGAGGCAGAAUGGUCCCUUGAACAGAAAGAUGGAGCAGGCCCCACUUCAAGGCUCCAGCAGGCCUGUCUUGGGCAAUCUGGAGGAGAAUGUGAGAGGCUAUGACUGGUCCACCCGCGUUGCCAGAGUGAGCCUGGACCAGGAGAAGCUGCAGGCUGAACGGCGGAGGACGCUGAGGGAGUUCUGUGCCAAUUCCAGCUUCGCCUUCCCCGCUAAGGAGCGUUCCUUUGAUGACAUCCCCAACUAUGAGCUGAACCACCUGAUCGUGGAUGACCGCCACGGUAUCAUCUACUGCUAUGUCCCCAAGGUGGCCUGCACCAACUGGAAGCGGGUGAUGAUCGUGCUGAGUGAGAGCCUGCUGGAUCAGGGUGUCCCCUACCGGGACCCUUUGGACAUUCCCCGAGAGCACGUCCACAACUCCAGCACCCACCUGACUUUCAACAAGUUCUGGCGCCGCUACGGGAAGUUCUCCCGCCACCUCAUGAAGAUCAAGCUGAAGAAAUACACCAAGUUCCUCUUUGUACGCGAUCCCUUCGUGCGGCUCAUCUCUGCCUUCCGCAGCAAGUUUGAGCUGGAGAAUGAGGAGUUCUACCGGCGCUUUGCCAUACCCAUGCUGAAGCUGUACUCCAACCACACCAACCUCCCCACCUCUGUUAGCGAGGCCUUCAGGGCGGGCCUCAAAGUCUCCUUCCCUGACUUCAUCCAGUACUUACUGGACCCCCGGACAGAGAAGAUGGCCCCUUUCAAUGAGCACUGGAGGCAGGUUUACCGCUUGUGCCACCCGUGCCAGAUAGACUAUGACUUUGUUGGGAAGCUGGAGACCCUCAACGAAGACGCAGCUCAUCUGCUGCAGCUUCUCAAGGUGGACAGGCUCCUCCACUUCCCCCCCAGCUACCGGAACAGGACUGCCAGCAGCUGGGAGGAGGACUGGUUUGCCAAAAUCCCUCUGGCCUGGAGGCAGCAGCUCUACAAACUUUACGAGGCUGAUUUUGUACUCUUUGGCUACCCCAAACCAGAAAAUCUGCUUAAAGACUAAAAGCAAUUGGAAAUUGGAAGAAGGGGGAGGGGGAUUACCAAAAAUAUUUAAAACUUCACAGUAUCCUCCUCUUAAUCUCCCAACCCAGGAAGAUAAAAUUAAGUAUAUUUUUUCUACUCAUCCCCUUCCAAAUUUGCAAGAAUCCAGGAUACUCCAGCCAGCUGUGCAUCACCAGAAGACACCCCCCCACACACUCUCCCUUUGCAAUCGGAAGACUUCCUCUUUCAGUCUGUCGGCUGUGGCCUUCGGUCGCUUUUUAUUAAUACUUUUUAAAAAUUAAUAUAUUUAAAAUAUUUAAUACAAAUUGCGUGUUGUGGUGAAGGAAGAGGUGGAGUAAAAAACAAUGCCCCUG